UACAAACUAGUUCAUAAUUUUGUUACAGACUAGAAAUCAGUAUUUAAUAAAUGGAAAAAAUAAGACUGAAAAUCGUUUAUUGAAUAAUGUAAAAUUUUCAGAGGCCUCUGAUCAUACAUACUUUUCAACUUGUGCCUAUUUAUUGAAUAACCAACAUCCUUACAGUUAAUAUUAAAAUCUUUAAGUUGUGGGGGGUUUUUUGGAGGGGAGGUAUGGCAAUUACCAGCAAACUCCGCCUCCCCCAAACUUCACCUAACCCGAAGCUCCCCGUCUCAGGCUCCCGGGGAGCCAGGGGGUGGGCUGAGGAACGCAGCCUACCUUUACCCACCUCCCUACCUAGUGCUGGCAAGUGACGGAAACGGAGACACCCGGCUCCUGGGGCUGGGCUCGGAGGACCCAUCCUGCUUUCUCUCUAGCAGCCUUUCCGGAGCUCACCUUUCCUCCCCUCACACCGCCAAAGCCCUGCCUAGCCCUCCACCGCCGCCUGCACCCGCGCCCUCCUCCAGCCGGCAGCCAAUCACAGUCUUCCACAGCUCCGGGUUUACAGAAGUAACGCUCCUUGGGCCCUCUGGUCCCGCCCCCUCCAGAACGGCUUCCCGCCCUUCGGGCUCCUUGUCCAAUCAUGAGCGCCCGAGUGCUCUUUGGUGCCCGUCCCCUCUACCCGCCCUGCCGAAGACCCGCCUUCUUCUCCUUAAGCCUGACGGAAUCACCUGACUCGGAGGCGCUCCCUCGGAAGGAAGGAUACUAGAUGGAAACUUGAGAAAGGACUGCUUACUUGAUAAGAGCUAAGGUAUUCCUGGAAGCAGAGUAAAUAAAGCUCAUGGCCCACCAGCUAGAAAGUAUUCUUGCCAUGAGAAAAAGAAUGUGAUAAGUUAUUCAACUUAUGAAAUUCAAGUUACAUGUGAAUUCUGCCAGGCAAUACAAGGACCUGUGGAAUAUGAGUGAUGACAAACCCUUUCUAUGCACUGCGCCUGGAUGUGGCCAGCGUUUUACCAACGAGGAUCAUUUGGCUGUCCAUAAACAUAAACAUGAGAUGACACUGAAAUUUGGUCCAGCACGUAAUGACAGUGUCAUUGUGGCUGAUCAGACCCCAACACCAACAAGAUUCUUGAAAAACUGUGAAGAAGUGGGUUUGUUUAAUGAGUUGGCGAGUCCAUUUGAGAAUGAAUUCAAGAAAGCUUCAGAAGACGACAUUAAAAAAAUGCCUCUAGAUUUAUCCCCUCUUGCAACACCUAUCAUAAGAAGCAAAAUUGAGGAGCCUUCUGUUGUAGAAACGACUCACCAGGAUAGUCCUUUACCUCACCCAGAGUCUACUACCAGUGAUGAGAAGGAAGUACCACUGGCACAAACUGCACAGCCCACGUCAGCUAUUGUUCGUCCAGCAUCAUUACAGGUUCCCAAUGUGCUGCUUACAAGUUCUGACUCAAGUGUAAUUAUUCAGCAGGCAGUACCUUCACCAACCUCAAGUACUGUAAUCACCCAGGCACCAUCCUCUAACAGGCCAAUUGUCCCUGUACCAGGCCCAUUUCCUCUUCUGUUACAUCUUCCUAAUGGACAAACCAUGCCUGUUGCUAUUCCUGCAUCAAUUACAAGUUCUAAUGUGCAUGUUCCAGCUGCAGUCCCACUCGUUCGACCAGUCACCAUGGUGCCUAGUGUUCCAGGAAUCCCAGGUCCUUCCUCUCCCCAACCAGUACAGUCAGAAGCAAAAAUGAGAUUAAAAGCUGCUUUGACCCAGCAACAUCCUCCAGUUACCAAUGGUGAUACUGUCAAAGGUCAUGGUAGCGGAUUGGUUAGGACUCAGUCAGAGGAAUCUCGACCACAGUCAUUACAACAGCCAGCCACAUCCACUACAGAAACUCCGGCUUCUCCAGCUCACACGACUCCACAGACCCAAAGUACAAGUGGUCGUCGGAGAAGAGCAGCUAACGAAGAUCCUGAUGAAAAAAGGAGAAAGUUUUUAGAGCGAAAUAGAGCAGCAGCUUCAAGAUGCCGACAAAAAAGGAAAGUCUGGGUUCAGUCUUUAGAGAAGAAAGCCGAAGACUUGAGUUCAUUAAAUGGUCAGCUGCAGAGUGAAGUCACCCUGCUGAGAAAUGAAGUGGCACAGCUGAAACAGCUUCUUCUGGCUCAUAAAGAUUGCCCUGUAACCGCCAUGCAGAAGAAAUCUGGCUAUCAUACUGCUGAUAAAGAUGAUAGUUCAGAAGACAUUUCAGUGCCGAGUAGUCCACAUACAGAAGCUAUACAGCAUAGUUCGGUCAGCACAUCCAAUGGAGUCAGUUCAACCUCCAAGGCAGAAGCUGUAGCCACUUCAGUCCUCACCCAGAUGGCGGACCAGAGUACAGAGCCUGCUCUUUCACAGAUCGUUAUGGCUCCUUCCUCCCAGUCACAGCCCUCAGGAAGUUGAUUAAAAACCUGCAGUACAACAGUUUUAGAUACUCAUUAGUGACUUCAAAGGGAAAUCAAGGAAAGACCAGUUUCCAUUUAUGCGAAAUCUGUGGUUGUAAAUUUUUUUUUUUUUACUUGAAAUUAAAUUUGGCUCUAAAGUUGGUGUAGCAGCAGUUGAUCAGACUGAAAAACAGUUUUUAGUCUCUGGAAAAAGACUGAUUUUGCUUUUUUUAUAAAUAUUAUUAGAUUUAUUAAUUUUUUCUGUGCUCAAUGUGUAAAUUGUAUUAUAAUUCAUUGUGAUUUAUUUCACUUUUAAUUUGCUGGUGUUUUAAUAAAUGGGGGUGUUACUGAAUCUUUCUUCCCACUUCCAUUUCUUUUGACCGCCCCUUAACCCUCAACUGUGAUGGUAGUAGUAUUAUCAUUUAUACCAAAGUUUCGCAUAGUCCCUGUUGACUUUGUAAUGUUAACGGAGUCAUAAAAGCACUAGGCAAGAGAAAGAUAGAAAUUUGCUUUUAAUCUUUUUGCCUUUUAUUUUGCACAUUAUGCAAAAGGAAAAACAUUAAAGAACACUUUUUUUAAAGUGAGUGAAAACAUGGUAAAGACAUACAGUGCUUUUGUGCGCAUUGUUAAGCUAAAUCAAGGUCAUUUAUAAUCAUUUUCCUUUUUUAUUUAAGAGUUUAAGUAAACAUUUUAGAAUUUUCAGCAUUUCAAAAAUGAUUUUAUUUUUCAAGUCUUAAAUUCAAUAUUUUACACCUAUGUUUUGAGGCUAAAAAAUAUGAAAUUAUAUAAUGUAUGAUACAGGGUUAUCAAAUAUCUAAUAAUUUUUGAAAUUAGCUCUUGUUUUUGUUUUUUUGUUGUUGUUUUUACAGAUUUCAGGUUACAAACUGCAAAGUUUAUGCAUAAUUAAGUAUGGUAUGGUUGCCAGAAAAGCCUAAAAUUACUACUUAGAAAAUUUAAGACUGUUUACCCCCAUUGUCUUGUACUUGCGAGCUAACUUGUACUUAUUCUUGUGAAAGCACUGUCAUCUUUUAGUAGCAAAUUUUGAUAAUGUUUCUCGUGGAAAAAAAAAUCAGUAUCUAUCUUUAGAACAAUGUAAUUACAAUGUGGGAAGUGUGCAUGAAUGAGAGAGAGUGUGUGUGUGUGUGUGUCUGUGUGUGUGUGUGUGCGCGCGUGUGUGUCUUUCAAUAGUUUAUGCCAGCAAUCUUUGCUUGAAUGUUUAACGAUGCCUUCAGUGUGAUGCUGGCCAAUAGAUGAUUGCAGUUUAAAAUGUCAUUAUUGUGCAGGCUUGGAUAACUAACAUUCCAUGAUGUAGCUUGUUUCUGAUGAGAUGAUUGUAGGUACAUUUUUCUCAUUAUCCAAUCAUCUGUGGGAUACUUAGUUUUCUAAUGUGCCAUUAUCUAUUUUUAUUCUGCAGUUAUGUUCAAAAUACAGUACAUAUUUUAAAAUAGAAUAAAUUGUUAAACAUAAAAUUUUAAAAGUAGUAGAUGUGCGUAAGAAAACUUUGUAAAAUAGUUAUGAGUCCUACCCAGUAGCAACUUCUGGCAUUCAAGCAGGAUUCCACUAUGUAAAUAUCUGUAAUGCAUUUAUAAUAAGUUGUGUAGUUUGUCCUGCAUCCAUACUACACUAUUUGCUAAAGUCUCAGUGCCAUCUCCUGAUGAGACUGACAUUUCAAAAGUCUGUAUGGAAUAUCCUUGAUAAUUCAAGGAAAUAUCCCUCCUGCCUAAGUUCCAAACUGGGAAACAUUCAAAUUAUAUAAAUGACAUUUCAGGACUUUAAGUAUGAAGAUAAUGGGAAUUUUAUUGUUUUGCUUUUUAAAAUGAGAGCAUUUUUAUUUGAUAAUUCUUAAAUUUUUAAUUUUUAACUAAUUUCAUUAUUUUAAAGUAAUCAGUUUUUCAAAUCAUGAUUUUGAUAUCAUUAUUCUAAGGAGUUAUCUCAAAGGCACAAAAUAUGAAUUCUGCAAGAAGGCUAUUUUUUAUUGUAGUUUGAAUGGGUUAGGAAAAGCCUCAAUUUUUCACUCUUUAGUCCUUCAGUACAUUUUUCUUUCAUCUUAUUACUUAUGCAAGUUAAGGUUCUUUGGUAACAGAAUUCUUGCAACUGUAAAAUAAAACUACAUAGAUGUAAGAAGUCAUGUAAACGGUUAACAAGCUUACCAAGGUUAGCAAAAGUUUCAUUGUAAAUCAAUCUGUACUGAGCAAAUAAAAAUCAUUAUUAGUUGUAUAAACACAAAUUCCAUUUUGACUUUCAGGAUGUCAUACUACUUCUGUACCUAGCAUUUUCAGUCCUUAUUUGCAAUGUUACACAAACUGUACUAUUUUCUUUUAUGUGCAGUUUGCAUGAGUAAACCAUCAGAGAAUAAAUUCUAUCUUUAAAUUAUGUUCA